UGAGAGUUUUGGUUAAGGGGAUAAUUUGUGGGACACAAGUGAUAACCUCCUUGUAUAUAUUUCGAGUGAAAUGGUUGAAGUAGUUCUCUCUAUAUUUUGUACUCUUAUAUUUAUAUAGUAGAUUGCUUUUAUCCUUUGUUGUAAAUGUAGGUCGGUUGACUAAACCACGUUAACUCUUUGUGUCAUUUGAUAUAUUUCUGGCAAUGAGAUAAGCAAGGAGCGAGGCAGAAUAAUGGCAGGGAAAAAAAUACUUUUGCAUAUGAAUGCAGGAAAUGGAGAAUGCAGUUAUGCCAGCAGCUCCACUCUUCAGAGAAAGAUAAUACAAGAGGCAAUACCUGUUUUAGAAGAUGCCAUCAAGAAGACUGGUGACUUCCCGAAAAAAUCAUGUUUUAAUAUGGCAGACUUGGGUUGCUCUUCAGGACCAAACACACUCUUCACAAUAUCAAAUAUCAUAAAGAUUGUACAAGUAUUAUGCGACGAAAAGAGAUGCAAAAUGCCAGAGUUUCAAGUUCAUUUGAAUGAUCUCCCUGAUAAUGACUUCAACACUAUUUUCAAAUCGAUUCCAUCUUUCUAUCGGAAUCUCAAAGAAGCAAAUUGUUUCGUAUCAGGCGUUCCAGGUUCCUUUUAUGAGCGGCUAUUUCCUAGCAAAAGCUUGCACUUGGUUCACUCAUCUUAUAGUCUUCAUUGGCUCUCUCAGGCUCCUGAAAACAUGGAGAACAAUAACAACAUAUACAUAACAAGGACAAGUCCUCCUCAUGUAGUUGAAGCGUACACGAAUCAAUUUGACAAGGAUUUCUCAAGAUUUCUGCAAUUACGCUCCGAGGAAACAGUAAGUGGUGGACGUAUGGUUUUAACAUUUAUGGGAAGCAGCAUUCCUGAUCCCUAUGGAAGUCACUAUGCCUUACUGGAACUUCUAUCAAACUCACUCAUUGAUUUAAUACAUGAGGGACUUAUUGAACAGGCAAAACUAGACUCCUUUAGUCUUCCUUUUUACGCACCAAGCAAGGAUGAAGUUGAAAAAAUUGUUGAAAUGGAAGGUUCAUUUGUUGUGGAUACCAUUAACUUUUUCAAAGUGAAAUGGGAUGAGAGGGACAAUGAUGAUGAUAUUUGUUUCGAUGCGUAUAGCAGUGGUAAACAUAUAGCAAGAAAUAGUAGAGCUGUAUUUGAACAAAUGCUUGUUAGCCAUUUCCAAUUUGGAGAUUCCAUUGUUGAUUAUUUGUUUGAGAGAUAUGCCUACCAUUUGACUUGUAAUUUGUUGGUUCAAAAAGGCAACUACUUCAACAUUGUCAUAUCUUUAACAAAGAAAUGAUGUUGCACUUGCAAAUACACUAAUAAGCACCUCCCAGUCUCUUUGAAGGAGUGAUAGUUUCUUGUUAUUCAAUAACUAGUUACGAGUUGCACGUGCGCCCCAAGCUAAGUUACAUGAAGUUGUUGUAACGAUGUGUGUGUUUACAUAUAUAUAUAUAUAUAUAAAUAAAAUUUCUCUUA